AUGUCUACUGGUGUUAAAAUCGAUCGUGAGCUUGCUAAUGGAAAAAAUGGUGUUUAUACUUAUCGUGUUCAAGGUUCUUUUUAUCAUAGAAUUGGUGUACUAUGGCCAGAAAAUGGUGUUGAACCUUGCUAUUUACAAAUAUAUAUUUAUGACACACAACAUGAACUACAACAUCGAAUAAACGCAAUUCCAAACUCUAAUUUAGACUCAACUAUUAUCCAAAAUUUAACAACUAUAUGCUUAUCCAUGCUUAUUUGUGCCGAUAUUCCUGGCCUUGAUCAAAGAACUUAUAAUAACCUGACAGCUUCUCAGGUCACAGCAAUCUGGGUUAACAGUGAAAUGCCUUCUAAUAUAGUUCAAAAGCAUGACAUUGUACUGCAUACAAAUAUAGAUCAAUAUGUACAUAUUUCUGAGCUUAAUAGAUGUUAUAACCUACUAGCUUAUCCAAUUUUAUUUCCAUAUAGUGAGCAAGGAUGGGCUCCCUAUCGGAUUCCCUAUAAAAAUAUUUCCCUGAUACCUGAAAUAACUAAUGUUAAUAUAGAUUCAGAGGAAUAUAUAGAGAAUGAAAAUAGAGAUAUCAUUGAUGAAACUUCUGAUGAUGAUAAUAGAAAUAAUAUAGAAAAUGGAAAUAGGUAUCCUAAGCAAUUCCAAAAUGAAACAUCUCAGGAAAAGAAUUCUUAUCCUAUAUACCAUCAUCGUCAGAAUAAUCAUUAUGUUGAAAUAAGAGUAGGAAGUAAAAUAGUCAAUGGAAGUAAUGUCCUUACUAAAGUGAUUGAAGUGAAUCAGAAUAAUCGUACAACUCUCACUGAGUACUUUAGAAUGAAUGCAGAAGAUCCAAAUGCAAGAAAUCUGCUCUAUGCUAAUUUUCCACUAUAUUAUACUUGGAAUAAGGCAACUAAGAGAGAAAUUUCAGAUGUACAUCAAUUAUGGGAUGAAAAUUUUGAAGCAAUGGUAGAAGACUUUAUGCAUAGAGGGAUUCCAAAUGGUCAAUUUCAAAUUCAGGCAACACUUCAAAGCUUAAAUAUCUUAUUGCAGAGACAUUCAAAAACUGUUGUUGAUUAUGACUUACCAGAAUUGCUGCCUGAAACUAUUAAUAGAGAAUUACCAAUAAUGCUUAUAGAAGAAUUGUCUUAUAAAGUAACAUCAGAUGACCUUGCUAAAGCAAAUACAUUGAAUGAAUCUCAGCGUGCAGUAUUCGACACGAUACUUAAUCUUAUUAAUCAAAGCAAGAGUGGCAUACUAUUUAUAGAUGGUUCUGCUAGAAGUGGAAAGACCUACCUUUAUGAUUGUUUUCUCUCUCAUACAAAGGCAUUUGCAGAUUAUUUACUUAAUAUUGGUAAUGGCACAGAACCAACAAUUGAAAAUAAUCUAAUUCGCCUUUCUAAUGAAAUAGUUAUUUACUCGCAAAGCAAUGAGGACUCUAUUAACUCACUAAUAGAUGCUGUGUAUUAUAAUCUUGCUGAAAAUGCUACAAAUACUACAUUUAUAACCGAGAGAACAAUAUUAACCUCAUUAAACAGCGAUGUUGAAAAACUCAAUAAACAAAUAAUGGCUAAGUAUCCUAAGAAUCAUAUACGUAUUACAGCUUCUAUUUAG